AAAAUAUGGGGUUCACAUUGAAAAGUUUAGAAUUUUUGCAAGGUGUUGAACCGUUUCGAAUCGAUGAAAAUCAUGAAAACGAAGGAGCAUCGGAAGAAGAAGAAGUUCUUAUUUCUGCCGAAACCGAUGCUGGAAUGUCGUUAAUGUUAGAAUGGAAAAUGCGUUUGUCAGAAGACUCGGACCAGUGUACAACAUGUAAUUGUCCAGUGGAUUUUGGUGAUCGAGCUGUUCUUUUAGAGCAUUAUCAAUCACUUUUUCAUAGAACAAAUACUCUUCGAAAAGCUAGAAACAUGACAGUCUACACUGAAGAAGAUUUUGAAGGAAUCGAAAAUUCAGAAAAUGAUCUCACAUCUUCACAAACUACAAUUGGAUUGGAAUCUGACGAUGAAGAAUUUGAUGCAUUGCUUUUACCUGCAAAUCGGUCGUUUUUCAUUAAAAAUGGCUCCGUUUUUUCGGUUCCAAGGAAUAUUCUCCACGUGGGUGAGCGAGAUGUCUCUUCAGUCACAUUCCUUCGUCCAUUUGAUUGUGCCAUUUUUCUUUGGAAUGGUGGUCACUUCGCUGCUGCAAUGUUUGAAAAUGAUAAAAUGACUGUUCAAAAGUCAUUCCAUAGAUAUGUGGCUCGUGCCAAACAAGGAGGAGUCCAAUCUCAACAUGAUUCUGGUGGUAAAGGGGCUGCGAAGAGUGCCGGAGCUCAAUUGAGAAGAUACAAUGAACAAAAAAUGAAGGAGGAAAUUCAAUCGAUUAUGUCAAGUUGGAAAUCUCGUCUUCAGAAAACUCCAUUGCUUUUCAUCAGAUGUGCUGCCUAUCAUCGUAAUAUUUUCUUCGAAGCAGACGCUGGAAUUGAGACAAGAGAUGAUCGGAUUCGAACUAUUCCAUUCGAAACAAAACGUCCAAAUAUUGAUGAAAUCUCAGACUGCUGGCAACGGCUUCAACAAGUUUCAGAACAUGGAGCAGAGUCUGAUUUUCGAGCAGAAAUGCUGGAAGUACGAGAAAAACGAAAAAAGUUGGCGAGGAAAGUUGCUGGAAAGAAGAGAAAAGAUGGAGGAAUGCAGAUGAUUUGUGAAUGGAGUGAUGAUGAUGAAAAUGAAGAUAUUUCAAAAGAGAAAAAAACGCAUCAUAUCAAAGUUAGAACGAUAAAGAAACCAGAAGAAACGGUUGUUCAAUGGCCAAGGUUAGAUGAUGAAUGGAGACAAAAGACCUAUAACUACGUUCGUCAAGACAGCGUGGAAGCAUUGAAGGAACAUUUAGCCUCAUUAAAUGAAGAUGUCACGAGUGAAGCUAACGAUUAUUUGAGAAAUGCGAAAAUUCCUCCAAAUCGAUCCACGUUCCUCCAUGUUUCUGCUGCAAAUGAUGCACGAAAAUGCUUGAAAUAUUUCCUGGAAGAAGUCAAUUGCGAUUCCAGCACAAAAGAUGGAGCAGGCCUUCCACCGUACUCGUCAUCAGCAAAUUCUGAUGUUAAAUCAAUUUUUAUUGAUUAUCGCGUCAAAAAUGAGACUGCUGGAAAUUGGGCACGAACGCAUAUUCCUGAACCGAAAAAGAAGGUAGAACUAACAGAAGAGCAAGAGAGAGAGCAAGCGGAAAGAAAGAAGGAAAAGAAGGCAAGACAGAAGGAAAAGGAAAAAUUGAAGAAAGAGAUAGCAAAACGAGAUGUAGAAGAGAUGGAAGAACGACAAAAAUAUGUAAAUAUGUCAGAGAGAGAAAAAAGAGCAUUAGCUGUUGAUAGACGACUUGCUGGUCUUCCACCAAUCCUUCGAUGUCAUCAGUGCGGCGUUCAACUUCCUCCAACUCCAUUCCAAUAUUCUCACUACAACUUCUGCUCGACUUCUUGUGUAGCCGAGCAUCGGAAGGCCAAUCCUCAGUGAUUCGUUUUCACUGAUCAACUAAAAUUUCGUCGUUUGGGUAUCUAUACUUCCGGUUAAUACUUUUGUCCCUUUUUGUUCUUGAAUGUGAUUUUUACGAAUUUACCGAGUUAAUUAAAGUUUUUAAUUGG